GGCGACGGGUCCUACGCAUGGAAUGUACACGCCUCCUCUCUACAACCCGGUAACCGGUGCUAGCGAAAACCGGCUACUGCUCGCGGCGUCCGGAUGGAUCGGCACGCUAUUAAUGCUAUAGUACCGCGGUCGCAAACGUCGUCGACAUCACUGCCGCAAUCGCCACUAUACCGCCGCCUCCGUCGUCGUUGGUCAGUGUCUUUUAGGUAGCCGCUACGCUUACGAUGAACGCUUCGCGGUCGGUCGCGGGUUCACUGGCAUCCGUUCUUGGGUUAGCGCUCGUGUUGGCCGUCACCGUCGCCGAGUCCGAUCCGGCCGGGUCCGACAUAGCCGCGUUGCAGACAACAAAGACCGCCGUACCGGCUGAAGGUCGUGGACACUUCAAGAAAAUGAUGUUGAACCCGUACAUGCUGAUACCACAGCUGAUCGCGCUGGGGUUCGCGCCCAUAGUUCUGGCCAACCUCAAGAUGAUGGUCAUGUCAGCGCUAAUGAUUAACAACAUGGCCCUGAACGCGGCCAUUUUCAUGACCAUCCGCAACAUGGUAUUCGGUCCGCGGCCCAAGGUCAAGUACGUCAACCACGGUUAUCACGACCAUCAACACAAUCAUCGCCAAGAAGACGUUGAUCAUCCGCACCACAAUCAUGACCGACAGAGUGAACAGCAGCCACCGUCACUGCAACACCAUACGCCGUCGGAAGGGACGCAAAUGGGUACGGACCGGCGUCGCAAAAGGACGGAUACAACUAUCGCUGCUUCGUUGCGACAGCCGACGCUACCGCCGCUGUUUAAGCAUAGAGUUUAAAAAACCAUAUUAUUUUUUUUUACGAGCCUUUUAGUAAUUUAUUUAUUAUUGUGUAAAUAUCAACUAGUCCACUUAAUCAAUUUAUUUAUUUAUUUUUCAUUUUUAUUCGUACGGUCGAAUCAAAGCCCAAAGGCAACCUUGGUGUGUCAUAUUAUAAUACGUAAGUACUAAGUACUAAAGUUCACAAUACCGGGUUGCAUUAAAAAUGGCCAAAUAUAUAAAUAUAUAAUUAAUAAAUAAUUAGCUAUAAUAUAUGGUACCUACCCUUAAAUAUAAUUUAAUAGCUGAUUAAACUUAAAUAAACCAUAAAAUAAAUCAAGUUUUUUUAUGCAACUGGACAAUAGUAAAAUAUACUUCAGUACACACAUAUAUGUACCAACUAUAUGACCAAAUAUAGAGUGAAAAAUUGGUGUAUACCUACAGAGUAUUUCACGAAGAUUCAUUUGUUAGAAAUAUCGAAUGGACAUGUUUAAAUGUUACAUUAUCCUGAAGUUGCUUUAGGGGCGUGCUUGUGAAAAGGGAUAUCAUAUCCCCGUUUUGGAUUAUUUUUAUAUACCUAGGUAUUAAUUUUUCAUAAUUUAUUAUUAAAAUAAAAAUAUUUUUUUCUGUAUGAUUCUUAAUUGUUUAUAUUAGUUAUAAGUUGAUUGAUAUAGCAAGAAAAUAUAUGAAAGCAAAUUUACUGCCAUCAUUUGGUAAUUUAAGUCAAGAUAUUACUUAUAAAUAAUAAUUUAAAAUACAUUAUAUAAAUAAUUAUUCUUAUAGCUUAUAUACGCUCAACAAUAUGCAUAUUAUUACAAUUAACUAGAAUUCUAGAACGCAAAAGUAUAUAUUAUUUUUGUUAUUAUCUAUAUGUGAUCUGAGAAUAAUAAAAAAUUUCAAAAAAGGAGAGCACGCCACUACAGAGUUACUUCAUGUAAUACAUCCUUGUGAGAUACUCUGUAACCUACAUGCCAGUUAAGAUUUUAUAGGUAAGAAAAAUUCUUAUGUAGUUAUAAUAGUUAUAUAUCAUUUCAUAUUAUACACUGUUCAUCUCAUGUAUAUGUACACCGUGUCUUGCCAAGAAAAAGUGCCAAAUGUUGUAAUAUUAUCAAAAUAUAGUUAGGUAUCUAAUAUACCUAUAUAUCAUACGAUAUAAUAUUAUGUACAAUGAAUCUACCCAAUAUUUGUAAAAAUCGAUACUUUUUUAAGAAAAAGUGUAGAUAAAAUCCAUUCUCUUAAAAUUACUUCAAACGGCACUUUUUCUUAUACUAGAAAUAAGUAUACCUAAGUAUUAAGUACCUAUAUACUACGUAUGGAAGAGAAUUUUUACUCAAAUAUUAUUUUAUUCUUGUAAAAACCUAAUAAAUAUAUUGUGUUGUGUAUAUACAUAGGUAUACACUAUUUCAUAUAAAAAUACAGUAGUGUAUUAGAGCGUCAACGAUAUUAAUUUUAAAUGUUAACGGUUAAUAAAUAAUACUCGAUACCUCACUCUUAGGUUAGUAUAAGUAUCUAGAUACCUAAAAUAAGUUUAAAAAUUAUAAUUAUAGUUGAAUGUAUUAUACAUGGAGUUAUAACUUUUUUAAAAAUCACAAAUAAAACGAAAUACAACAAAAAA